AUUUUAUCGCACAUUUAUUCUCUAAUUAUUUGUAUAAAUAUGAUUUUUGCUUGUUUUUAAUAAUGGUACACCGAAGGACGCAAAUUAGGCAGGAUUACUGGAAGAUUGAGAAGGUCUGACGUUUUCAGGCGAACCAUGGCUUUGAAGAAGCGCUCUAAAGUUGAUGUGUCCCCCUCGGACAAAGAACUACCCUUAAACAAUCUAACGCUCUACGAACAAAAUAAUCAUCAGCUUUACAAGACUUUGGAACAGUAUCGCAAGGAUAACGAGGCACUAAAUCGCAAUAAUGUAAUUCUCUCGAGGAAAAAUGACCUUCUAGAGCAUCUGAUGGAGUCAGUCUCCUCGCUUUGGGAUUCUCUGAACUCAGAUAUUGAUAUUUAUAUAUCCCGACAGGUAUCUGAAGGUGAAUUGUCAGAUUCGGGAGAAAAACACGGGAAAACAGACUCAAACGGUACUCCUGCAAGUGACUUUUGGGAAAAAAUGAUCAGCACUAAUUUCCCAUCCAUAUCACCUGGAGAUCCUGACGGUGAUGUUGAUUUUAAAGAGUUAGAUUAUAUCUUUGAUAGUGACGAGUUUUUAAUUCUGUCAGACCACUACGAUGAGUUUGAGUGGAGUGAAGCUAGAGACUCAUUUUUGAAUACCAAAAUACACCUUUUCGAGUCGAAAAAAAACGCCCUCCUCAGAUCCCUAAAAAACUGCACUCAUAAAUCCUGCUCUACAGACGCAGGUUUCAUAAACAUUUUAAAAUAUAAUUGUCUCAAUUACUGUAAGUUAUUUUUCAUUUUGCAUAAUCGGUACAAAGCUCUAAAGACUAAGUGUAACACUAACAGAAUCGAGCUCUCCAGACUUAGCAAGCAAGUCGCCUUUUUAAAGUUUGAGCUGAGGACUUUCACAGGCCACGAUGGCAAGAAGGAGUCGGAGCUAUCCUCCUCUAGCGAUUCCGAUAACGACACUGUCAAAGUUGUUGAAAAUGUUGAGGAGGUCACCGAGGAGAUGAUCCUCGGCUCUUCCCUCUACUCGAGGCUGUUUAACUAUGCCAGGAACAUGGAUAAAGAAAUCUCCAGACUGGAGUCGGAUAAUUCUGACCUGAGGAACAAGAUUUCUAGCCUUACUGAAGGUCCUUCAAACCAGGUGAUGAAGAUGAAGCAUGAUUUUGAGAAAUUUGUCAGUGAGAUCAGUCAGAAGGUUUCCUCAUUUGAGUCUCAGUACAACAAGGAUUCUAAGGAGCUUGCGUUUUUGAGGGAGAACUACAGCAUCGUUUCCGAGGAGCUGGACCAGUACAAAAACGAGCGAGAGAAGAUGGUCUCUGAACUCAAGAGCCUCGAGACCAAGAUGACCAAACUUCUUCAUCAAAAUGCCUCCAUUUGUAAAUCUAUCUGCUCUACAACUGAGAAAUCCUCCACCACCAACGCUCUCAACUCUACCUGUGAUAAAAAUUUAGAUUCUAAAUCCUCCGGUGAUAAAAAUUUAGAUUCUAAAUCCUCCUGUGAUAAGAAUUUAGAUCCCAAAUCCUCCUGUGAUAAAAAUUUAGAUUCUAAAUCCUCCUGUGAUAAGAAUUUAGAUCCCAAAUCCUCCUGUGAUAAAAAUUUAGAUUCCAAAUCCUCCGCUGAAAACGAGCUUGAUUUUUACAAGGAGCACCUGCUAAACAUUAGUGAAGAGCUUGAGGACGUGAGUUCCGCCUUUGAGAAGAAGCAGCGGAUGUGCGAUGACCUAAUGCGUCAAAUUAAUGAGGCUUCCGAUACUCGGAAGAUUUUGGAGCGACUUCAGGACUCUCACGCCAACUUAGUAAACCGGUACAACCAACUUGUUGAAAACACCAAUGCCAAGGUCGCGUUGAACUCCAAGAAGCUAGAAAUCCUCGAGACCUUGCUUCAGGACUAUAAGCGCAGUUGGUCUUCCGCUUUUAAUCGCGGCGUUUACUUGCAGCACCAGCGCGACGUUGCUGUUUCCGCUGUUUGCGAGCUUCAGUCUCAGUACCGCAAGAGCUGCCGUUCCCAGAAGGCGCUUCAGGACUACUUAGCUUCCGUCCGCACUGGCGUCACUCGUUCCUCCAGUCUCGAGUCCACCAUGGGCGAGGUUGAGAACGUCAUUGAGCAGGAAAACACCAUUCUCAGGCGCAGGAUGACCUGCACUGUCUGCUCUGAGAACUUCAGGGACCACGUCAUCACCAAGUGCGGCCACGUUUUCUGCCACGACUGCCUCGCCAACAGCAUCAAGACCCGCAAUCGCAAGUGUCCUCAGUGUAAGAUUACCUUUGACAAGAACGACACCCAGCGGCUCUUCCUAGAUUAAUUUUCUAAAUUUUGUACUCAAUAUUGUCACUUUGUAAUAAUUUCGCAAUUUGUGAUUUUCAUAGAUUUUUCUAAUUGCUACGGCAAUUUUAAGUGAUUUUAUCUUGUAAAUUACACACAAUUCCCUAAAUUCUCUACUUUAUAGGAUACCUCCUAUAAUUUAAACUAAACUUAAAUAAUCUCUACAAAAGCAUAUAAAA